GAUGGAGGCGCCGGCCGAGCUGCUGGCCGCGCUGCCCGCGCUGGCCACUGCGCUGGCGCUGCUGCUCGCCUGGCUGCUGGUGCGGCGCGGGGCGGCCGCGAGCCCGGGUCCCGCCGGCGCGCCCCCGGAGCCCGCGUCCCCGGUGCCGGCAAGUCCCCGCGUUCCUGAACCGGCGGCCGCUCCCGGGGGACUGGGACUGCCCGAGGGCCCGGGGGAGCCCACGGAGCCCGGGGAGCCCGUAGCAGCGCCGGCCGAGGCCGAGGAGCAGGCGGCGGAGGCGAGGCAGGAGGAGGAACAGGACUCCGACAGUGAGAAGGACCCUCCCCCAGCAGGGCCUGAGGACGAGGACGGAGAGACCUUCUCCUUUAAGUACAGCCCUGGGCAGCUGAGAGGAAACCAGUAUAAGAAGAUGAUGACCAAAGAAGAGCUGGAGGAGGAGCAGCGGAUUGAGCUGACCUCUGACCUCACUUCCCUGUAGCAAGUUCCCUAGGUCCUGAGCCACAAAUAUUCUUGCAAAUCCUUUUGAACUGAAGAAUAAUGAAGUUAUCCUUAGCCUCUUCCUGAAAGCUUUCCCUUUUGGCAUCUUAAAAGCUUGAGAGAUAAAAAUGGAAACCCCCAGAAAGAAGCCCAUGCAGGCUUCUGGGGUCACUUGCCUACAAUUCUGCUGAGACAUAAACCCCCAAUCAGGAAUGCCUUUGGCAAAUUAUGGCAGGGUCCUUUGGAAUUCCUUGGGUUCUGCCCUGUUUGGAGAUUUUCCCCAUUUAUGGUGGUCACUUUGUUAAGCUAAAGGGUUUUGAAAGAUUGAACUCACACCUUAGAUCUGGAUUUUUUCUUAUUACCCAAAUUUACUUGCUAUAUGCCUUUUACACUUAUGAUACCACCAAUUUUAGCAGCUCUGACAUUUCUAAAUUAGUUUAUCCCAUCCCUCCUCCUUUCAUCCAUGUUGAAACCAAACCCCCAAAGACUUUAAGUAGUGACAGACAGAGCCCAGCUCACCUAUGCUCCCUAGCCCACCAUGCCCCUUUCCCUCAGAGCCCACGUCCUUCGCUCUCUGCCAAGUGUAAGAGACGCCAUGUUGACCCCAGGUGCAGAGAGCCAGGCCCUGGCUUUCUGGCUGCCCUUCUUUUUCAAACAGGGGGAAGGCCUAGCCCAGCCCUCUUGUUGCUAAGAGGCCUUUUUACUGAUAUUCUUACCAGCUCAGCAGAAUCUCCACUUGUGCUUUGGCAGAAGCAAUAAUAACUGUGUUAGCUUAAAAUAGACUUCUGGACUAUGCCUUUUCCUAGUUUUCAGAUAGACUUUACCAGAAAAUUAGAUCAGUCCCAAGGUAGUUUCUUGGAAUUUUAUAUUUGACAAUAUUUAUACUAUAACAAACUAAUCUGCAUUUCUUAGAUUUGUUGGCUAAGACGUUUUACAUGAAAACUUUCCACGGGGUGGAAGGCCAGGAACGUCCAGUCCCAGCUUCAGGGAGUGCGUUCCUACGGCCUUCCCUGGCCUGCUACCGUAGGUGCAGGACAGCAACAGAGCCACAGCCACAGUUGGUGCCUUCGGCACAGAGCCAUGGACAUGGGCAAGAUGCCCCACAAGUUCCUACAGGGCAGUAUCUGAUACUCAGUGGGGACUCCUCCAGGCACAGGUGCCCAGCCCUGUCUGGACAGGCUCCUAGGCAGCACCGACGAGCACCCGACAGCCUGGCUCUCUGAACUCAGCCCUCACCCAGCCCAAUAAACUUUGAGGAUGUGAUCUCA